AUGAAAGAUCCAGGUUCGAGUCCUAGCUUGGUUCGCGAUUUGGUAGAAAAAUGCACUUGUCCGACUCAGUUCCCGAUGAUCCGCGUCUCCGAAGGAAAAUACAGAAUCGGUGACACAAAAGUCCUCAUCUUCGUAAGAAUUUUAAGAAGCCACGUUAUGGUACGGGUGGGCGGCGGUUGGGACACUCUCAGUCACUAUCUCGACAAACACGAUCCCUGUCGCUGUCCACAUCGAUCAAUGAUUUCUGCGAAGCUUAUUCAAAAAGCCAGCGGAUCCUUUGACCUCGGUAGCGCGCAGGUGCAUUACGAAAGAUCACCUCCGAGAACACGCAGGAGUUCGGCUUCAAGUGUCGGUUCCUGUGGUGGUACAGUACAACAGCAACAGCAGCAGCAGACACCAGCAGCUCACUCCCUUCAAACACCACGCAGCGUAUCGACAAACCGAUCUCGCUCGCCGACGCCGCAUCACGCAACCCGACAGCAUCUCGGCGAGGAUCUGACACGCUUAGCCAACCGAUCAAUGAGUCCUACUCCUCAGAGCAAAGGGAGUCCAGUGCACCAGCCUGGUAACGACCUUGAGAGGAAGCAGCGGUCAAGGUCCCCGACGCCGAAACCAGACGGAGCUAAGCCUGGUCGUACAAGUCCGCUUGAUGCUACGAGAAAGGCAUUGAAUGAAGAAAUACGACAGGUCAAGUACGACAACAGAUCACAGAUGUAUCACACUCGUCACCAGGAUAACUAUCAGGAGAUACGUUCAAAAGUUCCUCUCUCGGAAGAAUUUUCAAAGCGAUACGUGGUGGAGGGCGGAGUAGCACGUCGUGCUUUCGACAAAGAAGACACACCAAAGUAUGAACCGGCGAUUUAUAAUUACAAGUGCGGUCAAGACUCGAGCAAUAGUCGCAGUCCUACACCCAGUCCGCCGGCAAUAAAAGAAGAAACAAUCGAUUCAUUUGGAAAGGAUGUGUGCCAUUAUACGAAGUCCGGUCAUGACGGCGAGCACUCGGAUAACGGGAGUGAGGUGUCUGAUGAGGGUUAUAGGAGCUUAGGCGCUGUUCAGCCACCAGCACCUACUUCCAACGGUACCAGCACCACCACCGCCGGUACUGGUAUUACCAACAGUCAAGGCUCGCCCACGGUUGUCGACUGUCCAAAACAACCGUUCACUAAACUGGAGAAAGAGCGUUCGUGUGUCGACACGGAGAGUAUAGAAACAGGUUUGAGAAAAACAAAAGUAUCCCCAUCUCCGGCGAGCCCACUACGUAAUUCACCAUCACGAAGUGUCACUAGUUCGUCAGGAGAACGGACACCUCGUGCAAAUUCAAUGGUUCGCGAAAACAGCAAUUUGUCGAGAUGUUCCUCGGGUAGUAGAACGCCACGAGAGGGUAAUUCAAGCCCCGAAGGAAGUCCUCUAAAACGUAAUGCCGUGAGAAAUAGCAUUAAAAAGUUACCACCGGCUGUAACUGUCAGCAAGGCAUCAGCGGUACCACGAGCUCAUCAAAACCACUUGACAGCCGGCAGUAACACCUGGAAUGGCAGGCAAUCGCGACAACGACCCGGAUUGUCUUCAGACACGUUUGUAAAUCCGUCCUCCCCGCUCCACAAUAACUCUGCUAGCGGAAAUGCUAAUCGCGCAUCGCCCACAAAUUUCUCACGGAAAAGUUCAGUAAGACAGAGUCUCCCCAAGUCCUCGCUGAUGAACGGCGUCCAGUAUGACAGGAACGGAAGACGGAUAAAACCACCGGCCUCUAGUGUCUCUCUCCAGUCAUCUCCGACCAAAGCUGCUAAUCCUCUGCUGGAGCAAAUCCUACAGAAAGUCGGUCAUCUCCAAGAUGACAAACAAGUCGUCCAGAAACUACAAGACUUCUUGAGAGAUUACCAGACUCAUGCUACAGACGGAGAACCUAAUCUAGAAUUCACGCGGGCGUGGAUUGAUGGAAACGGUACUGUUGCCCUCCCUCAAGAAGUUCCAGUUGUUACCAGUCCUAGAAAAGAUCCUAAAGCUGCUAAUGAUCGCGGUAAUUUUUCCAGAAUUCCCGCUCCUGUUUACAAACGGGCGAUGUCAGUUGCGUCUGACAUCCAAAAAAUG